UAUAAGCAAAACGAGUCAACUAAAAAAAAAGGUAGUGUUAUGUACUAUAAUUCCACAUAUUUGUUCACACAACUGCUUUCCUUAGCUUUGCAGAUAUCCUAAACAAGACAAAACAAAAACUUAAAAAAACUAGUCAAUUACUAUUGCUAGAUAGCAGAAGCAAUAAAGGAAGAAGUAAAUAAACAAAUGCACCCAUCAAAUCUACAAACUUCCAUCCUCAGCUUGUGCUAGCAUUUAGAUGGGCAUCUCUGAAAACAGUGUUCAAUGAAAAGCUCAGUGUUUUUAUGGCCUUAUUGGGUAUGUUUUAUCCAAAUAAUCAUUUCAAUCAAUACCCACUUGGCUUCAAGCAUAUGUCUUGAUGACCAACAAUCACUGCUGCUCGAAUUCAGAAGAAAUCUCAUAUAUAACAGUUCUGAGCCUACCAAAUUAGCCACCUGGAAUCAAACCUUGGAUUGUUGUCAAUGGAAUGGUGUCCAAUGUAACAGUUCAACAGGGCAUGUUAUUGGUCUAGAUUUAUCUAGCGAAUCGAUACGCGUUAAUAGCAGUGACAGUUUCAGUAGCCUGUUCAGUCUGCAGUUCCUGCAGAGACUGAAUUUGGCAAAUAACAGCUUCAACUCAGAGAUACCACCAGGAUUUGGUGAGCUUGCUGGUUUAACUUACCUGAACUUGUCUAAUGCAGGUUUCAGAGGGCAAGUUCCUUUGGAUAUAUCACAACUAGAGAAGUUGGUCACCCUUGAUCUUUCUAGCAUUUCCUUGUUGGGAGCUCAACUGAAACUAGAAAAUCCGAGUUUAGCGAUGCUAAUCCGGAACUUUAACAAUCUCAGAGGACUUCAUCUCAAUGGUGUGUUUAUUUCAGCUAGUGGGUCAGAAUGGUGUAAGGCAUUAUCAUCUUCAGUGCCUAAUCUGCAAUUUUUGAGUUUGUCCAACUGCAAUCUUUCUGGCAAAAUUGAUGUAUCUCUUGGAAAAUUGCAAUCACUUUCAGAGAUUCGUCUUGAUCAGAACAUUUUGGCUGCUCCAGUACCCGAUUUUAUAGCCAACUUCAAGAAUCUGACAACGUUGACAGUAAGCAACUGCCAGCUGAAUGGAACAUUUCCUCCGAAAAUAUUUGAGGUGCCAACAUUAACUAGCCUGGACUUAUCAUAUAAUGGAUUGCUUCAAGGUACUCUGCCUGAAUUUCCAGUAAACAGCUCUCUUCAGACAUUAGUUGUGAGCUACACAGGCUUCUCUGGGAAGUUGCCAAAUUCCAUUGGUAAUCUGACGCAGUUGCAGAGGAUCGAGUUGCAGAACUGCACGUUUAGCGGGUCCAUUCCACCGAUGGAACAGCUCAACCAACUUGUGUAUGUAAACUUUCUGAAUAACAAUUUUUCUGGCCUAGUUCCUUCCUUUUCAUCAGCGAAAAACCUGACACUUCUGUGGCUCAGUAAUAACAAGUUAAAUGGUACCAUAGCAUCCAUAGGGUGGGCAAGCCUCUCAAAUUUGGUCAAUCUUGACUUGAGCUCCAACUUACUGCAUGGGAAUAUUCCCGGGUCUUUGUUCAGCUUGCCCUCAUUGCUGAGCUUGCAGCUUUUCCAAAAUGAUUUCAGUGGUUCACUCAGUAAGUUCGAUAUAUCUUCUCCAUUACAGACUUUGGAUUUAAGUUUCAAUAGACUAGAAGGGCCAAUACCGAAGUCAGUUUUUGAGUUGCAAGCUCUGAAGGUUCUUAAACUGUCUUACAACAGAUUAAGCGGUUUAGUUGAUCUCAGUGUGAUUCAACAACUCAAGAACCUUUCUGUGUUAGAGCUUUCAUUCAAUAGUUUGCAAGUCUCUGUAGGAAGCAACAGAUUUAACUUGUUUCCUGAGCUAACGUCGCUUAGGCUAGCUUCGUGUAGUGUACGUGCCUUACCCACUUUUCUGGAAACACAAUCCAAGAUGCAGUAUCUUGAUCUUUCAGUCAACCAGAUAAACGGGAGUAUACCCAGAUGGAUUUGGAGACUUGGUGAUGGAUCUCUUUCUCAGUUGAACCUUUCUUGUAAUAAUUUCAUCGGAGUGGAACCAAAUGUCCAAGACACCCCAUAUCUAAGGGUUCUUGACCUUCAUUCCAACAACCUUCAAGGAGUAGUUCCAAAACUCCCUUCAAAUGCUUUUUAUUUGGACUAUUCUAACAAUAGUUUCAGUUCUAUCAACCCGGCCAAUGUAGAUGAUUUUCCCAAUGACAUUUUCCUGCUCUCUCUAUCUAGAAAUAACAUAUCUGGAAGUAUCCCUACAUCAUUUUGCAACAAUAGUAAAAUCCAAGUUCUGGAUCUGUCAUAUAAUCGAUUUGUUGGAACAAUUCCGAGCUGCUUGAUUACUACAAGUACGGUGCUGGCAGUAUUAAAUGUGAGGGGAAACAACCUAAGUGGCAGUGUCCCUGAUACAUUUCCUGUAGGCUGCAAAUUGAGAACUCUAGAUGUCAAUGCAAAUACUCUGGAAGGAUCGAUACCAAGAUCACUGGCAAACUGUACAAGUUUAGAAGUUCUGGACCUUGGGAUCAAUCAAUUCAAUGAUAUUUAUCCUGGAUGGUUAAAAAACUUGUCUCAACUUCGUGUUCUUGUUUUAAGAUCCAACAAAUUCUAUGGCUCCAUUACAUGUCCUGAUGACUCAAUUUGGCCGAUGCUGCAGAUCAUCGAUCUCGCUAUCAAUAAUUUGACAGGUGAACUUCAGGCAAAUUGCUUCUUGAACUGGAAUGCAAUGAAGGUUGAUGACAAAAAUGGUAUAUUGCAAUAUCGUGUCUUUGAUAAUUACUACAAAGAUGUGGUGUCUGUUACCUAUAAAGGUUCAGAGUUCCAGCUGCUUAAGAUCCUCAACAUGUUCACUAGCGUCGACUUGUCGAGCAACAAAUUUCAUGGAGAGAUACCAGAAGAGAUAGGGAAUCUCCAUGGAAUCCUGGGGCUAAAUUUGUCACAUAAUAGCUUUUCAAAAUCUAUCCCCUCAUCUAUAGGAAAGCUUACCUCGCUCGAGUCCUUGGACCUCUCCCACAACCAACUGAGUGGAGAAAUACCUACACAACUCACAAAGCUGACCUUCCUUUCUGCAUUAAACCUCUCCUAUAACAACUUAGUAGGAGCAAUACCAUCAGGUGCCCAGUUUUCAACUUUUGUUGCAUCUUCCUUUGAACAUAACCAAGGAUUGUGUGGGCAACCUUUGAACAAGUGCACGAAUUCAAGCACUUUGACACCCUCAAAAACAUCGUCAGCACACGAGAGAAACUCAACCCAUGAAGGAAGAUUUGACUGGCAGUACAUACUUAUUGGAAGUGGCUUCGGCACAGGGGCAGCACUAGUCAUAGCUCCUUUAAUAUUUUGGAAGAAAGGGAGGAAGUGGUUUGACAAACGCGUAGAUAAAUUUGUUUCAGCCAUUCUUUCAGCAUGUGGGAUUAACUAUGCCUAUGCUACUUUGGAUGAAGGAAGACCACAACCAGAUGAAGGCAUUAGGCAUCAACUGUUUGAAAUAUCUAGUUAUCAUGAAGACAAUAAAGUAAAUGAAGGAAACUCUGGCCAAUUUUGUGUGUUCUGCUCCAAGCUCGACAUCGAAAGAAAGCUGGUUAUACAUGAUCCUAAGUGCACUUGUCAUGGCUCACCAUCCAAUUUGUUAUCUUUUUCAUUAUCUACAAUGUAAGCUUCCAAAAACUAUCCCCUCUUUUGUACAUAAAAAUUACACAACAUCAACCCUUAUAAAUUGUGUUGAUGAAGGUUGCAGAUUUUGUGGAGACUUUUUUUUGAGUUGAUUUCAGAAGCAUGAUUCUAUAAUUCUUAGAAUCAAAUUUUCAUGUUGGUGAAGUUUGCUUGCUAUUCCUGUGAUAAAAAUCACUAAAAUUCGUUGACACAUUUCAUCAAA